AUGGUCUACAUACGUCAAGACAAACUCCCGAAACUCAAUGAAUACAAGUACUCAGGCGUCGACCAUAGCCUGCUUUCUCGCUAUGUUCUCAAGCCUUUCUACACUCAUGUGGUGAUUCAUUGCUUUCCUAUGUGGAUGGCACCGAAUCUCAUCACACUGUCCGGCUUCGGCUUUGUAGUCGCGAAUUUCCUGACGAUGCUUUGGUAUACGCCUACGCUGGACCAGGACUGUCCACCAUGGGUAUAUGCCAGUUGGGCAAUCGGCCUGUUCUUAUACCAGACAUUUGAUGCUGUUGACGGUAGUCAAGCCCGCAGAACACAUCAGAGUGGACCAUUGGGCGAACUGUUCGAUCACGGUGUUGAUGCUAUCAACACAACACUGGAAGUACUACUGUUUUCGGCGACGAUGAACCUGGGCCAGGGAUGGAAAACACUCCUUACACUAUUUGCCUCGUCUUUGACAUUCUACGUUCAGACUUGGGACGAAUACCACACCCAUACCUUGACUUUGGGCGUGAUCUCUGGACCUGUCGAAGGAAUCGUGACGCUGUGUAUUGUCUAUGCUCUCACAGCCUAUCUGGGUGGUGGCAGUUUCUGGCAGCAAUCCAUGUUCCAGAGUCUUGGUCUGAACAAGUACGACUUCAUACCUUCGGCCCUAUACAACCUGGCUUGGAACGAAUGGUACAUGGUCUAUGCAGGAUUUAUCCUUGUAUUCAACACGGUCUCGAGCGCGAUGAAUGUCAUGGAAGCGCGCCGCGCUCGAGGCCAGAAGGCUCGUGAUGCCCUUCUCGGCCUCCUCACAUUUGCUGCCGCCUGGACACUCAUCCCUGCUUAUUUGUAUCUGCAGCCCAUGAUUCUUCACAAUCAUCUGGUGCCCUUUAUCUUCUACGCUGGCCUGGUCAACGCCUAUUCCGUGGGACGGAUGAUCAUCUCGCACCUGACCAAAUCCCGCUUUCCACGGGGCAACGUCCUCAUCUAUCCGCUGAUUUACGGAGUCAUCGACUCGUUGGGGCCAUGGCUGCAAGAACACAUCGGCGUGGGCUGGCCAAGCGCUCUGGGAGACGAUGUCUAUCAGGUCGCAUUCGUAUUCAUGUGCCUGGGACUGAGCGUAGGUGUACACGGUAGCUUCAUUGUGGACGUUAUCUGGACUAUUUGUGACUACCUGGAUAUCUGGUGUCUCACGAUCAAGUACCCGUACCAGAACACGGAGAAGAAGGAAGAUUGAGUCGAACUAAGCGAGGUUGUAUUCAUGUCUAGUUAGCGAAAAUAUCCACUUAAUGAUAAUGCUU